AUGCAUGACCAAAAGGUUGUUGAAGGUAAUUGGGUGUGUCAGUUCAGAAGGAGGCUGUAUGAGUGGGAGGUUAGUGAGGUUUUCAGACUCAGAAACUUCCUGGCAACAACACCUAGUCCUGUUCCAGAUCAAACUGAUUGUCCAGUAUGGAAUGCAACAUCAUCUGGGGUAUUCUCUAUCUGCUCUGCUUACACAGGUUUGCUGGCUUCAAUUGGCCCUUUGUUAAGGUCUACUAAAUUAGUGUGGAUCCCUUACAUGCCACCAAAAGUUCAAUUCUUUACUUGGUUAGCUUGGCGAAAUAGGGUUAAGGCUGCAGUGUACUUACAAAGAAUUGGUGCCCUUAACAACUCUGCUUCAACUCUGUGUGUCUUUUGCACUGAUGACCCAGAAACUGUUAAUCAUGUGUUGAUUUCCUGCCCAUUUGCUUGGAAGGUAUGGUCUGCAAUGCUGCUAUGGUGGGAUGUUGUGGGGGCUCUACCUGAAUCUGUUGAUGGAGUCUUAUUAUGGUGGGAAGGACAAUGGUUUAGGAGUCAGGAGAGGAAGAUCUGGAGAGGAGUGCCUCUGGUUGUGCUUUGGUCUCUUUGGCAGCACAGGAAUGCUAUAGUGUUUAAGGCAUCUGCUCCAAACUUGGAGGAGUUGUGUGAAGUGAUUAAGGUGAGAAUUGCUUUAUGGCUGAAACCAAGGUUCUCUAAGCACUUUCUUUUCUGUGCAGGAUUUUCUAGUUAA